AGGGGCCCCCACAGCCCGCUGUUCCUGUCGCUGCCUCUUGCCUCCUCAGUCCUGAUGCUGCUGAUGAGCAGUCUUUGGCUGUUGGGAGCCGGCCCCAGCCUCGUCCUGGCCCCGGAGCUGUUGCUGGACCCCUGGCAGGUUUAUAUUUGAGGACCCUCAUUUGACCAGGCUCACACAGCUUGAGGGAAUGGGGUAGCUCCAGGAUUGAAGCAAGCAGUCUCAUGCUCUCAGCCAGGUAUGAUUCAGUAAAUGUGGAAGCCGAGUACCUUCAUGGUGUCUGGGACAUAGUGAGUGCUCAGUAGCGGGUUGUUAGUGAGAAGACUGAGUGGCAGGUCGGCGUGUUCAGUUUCAUGCCACAGAGGCAUAGCCGCAGUGUUUGGAAGUCCUUGGUCCCCCUCCACCAAUGAUUAAGUGGGUAGACUGGCUCCUGGGGAGGGGAGGUGGGCUCAGCGGGUGGCCCUGGUGUAGGGUAACCUUCAACCUGGCACACCUGGGACAGCCUUGGAUGUUGGAGCCAUUAACCUGGCACAUAAGCCCCUUCUCUCUCCCAGUGCACCGGCUGCUGACCCAUGCCCUGGGCCACACGGCCCUGCCAGGCCUGCUCCUGAGCCUGCUGCUGCUACCCACUCUGGGCUGGCAGCAGGAGUGCCACCUGGGCACGCUGAGGUUCCUGCAUGCCUCGGCCCUGCUCGCCCUGGCUUCCGGGCUGCUAGCAGUGCUGCUGGCAGGCCUGGGGGUGUCUGGUGCAGCCGGCGGCUGUGGAUACAUGCCUGUCCACCUGGGCAUGCUGGCUGGGGAGGGACACCGCCCUAGACGGCCCCGUGGGGCACUGCCACCGUGGCUGCCGCCGUGGCUGCUGCUUGCCCUGACCCCACUGCUCAGCUCUGAGCCACCCUUCCUGCAGCUCCUUUGUGGCCUCCUUGCCGGCCUGGCCUACGCAGCUGGGGCCUUCCGGUGGCUGGAGCCCUCGGAGCGGCAGCUGCAGUCACUGCAAGAGGGCAUCUUGUGCAGGACCCUGGCAGGGUGCUGGCCCCUGAGGCUCCUUCCCAUCCCGAGCAGCCUGGCUGAGCUGCCUGUCACCCAUCCUGCCGGAGUGAGGCCUCCCAUUCCUGGACCACUUUAUGUGGCCUCCUCUGACCUCUGGUCCCACUGUGAAGGCUCGGCCCUGCCCCCACCAGGUCUGAGGCCUGUGCAACCCACCUGGGAGGGCUCCUCAGAGGUGGGCCUGGACUGGGCCGGGGCCAGCUUCUCCCCAGGGACUCCGAUGUGGGAGGUCUUGGAUGAGCAGAUGCUGCAGGAGGGGAUCCAGGCCUCACUUCUUGACAGGCCAUCCCAGGGGCCCCAGAGCCCACCAUGGCUAUCCAAGUCCUCUGUCUCCUCUCUGCGGCUGCAGCAGCUGGAGCACAUGGGCUUCCCCACGGAGCAGGCGGUGGUGGCGCUGGCAGCCACAGGCCGAGUGGAGGGUGCUGUGUCACUGCUGGUCGGAGGACAAGUGGGCACUGAGGCCCUGGUGACCCAGGGGAAGGGUGGGCCUGCCUACUCUGAGGGUCCUGGGCCUCCCUAGCUCAGGCAGAGAGUGGGGGUACAGGCAGGCCCUUGGAUGCCAAGGGGCUGGGCUGCAUGUGGGUAGCCUGAGCCCCUGCUCUGUCUGCUGAGGGCCACAGUGGGGUACAGAGGCACCUCUGGAGGCAGGAGAGGCCCCCAGCAUGCUGCCCUAGUACACAUUGAGAAUAAAAACCAGUUUGCUUUUCAA